GUACUUAUGUAUAUCAUAUAGUCGUAAAUAACAGUGAGCAACAAAUAACAAUGUCGACGAUGGAAGGUUCACUUAGCAAAUGGACAAAUGUUGUAAAUGGAUGGCAAUACCGCUGGUUUGUUUUAGACGAUAAUGCUGGUCUUUUAUCAUAUUAUACAAGUAAAGAAAAAAUGAUGAGAGGAGCCCGUAGAGGAUGUGUACGUUUAAGAGGUGCUAUUAUAGGUAUUGAUGAUGAAGAUGAUAGCACAUUUACAAUUACUACAUCAUCAUAUAAAGAUGAUCCAAAAACAUUUCAUUUUCAAACAAGAAAUGCGGAAGAACGUGAACGUUGGAUUCGUGCAUUAGAAGAUACUAUAUUACGUCAUUCACAUGCUAGAUGGGAUCCUAAAAAAUCACCACCAAAACAAGAUUUUGAUCGCAAAGUAGCUGAAGCAGAUGCUUAUCUUCAAUUGUUAAUUGAUCAAAUAAAAUUAAUUGAAACAAGGCAAAGAUCUGUUGCUGUAGAAGAUGAAGAAAAGCAACAAAAAUAUUCAGCAAUUUUAACUCAAGCCAAUGCAAUGCUUAAUUCUGUUAAACAUACAAUUGUUCAGUUACAAAUUGCAAAGAAUACAGCUAUACCUGUAAAUGGAAUAUAUAGAGGACCCACUGAUUCAAUACAUGUUUCAUCUUCUUUAUCUCAUGUUGCUGUCAGAGAACCAGAAGCAACUGUACAGACUGGCAUUGAAUUAGGUUCUGAAUGUGUAGAACUAAGAUUACCUACAUUGCCAAAUGCUGUUGUGGAUAGAGAUCUUCCUGUACCUCAAUUCUCUUAUUCAUCUUCGGAUGAAGACGAAGAUUAUUAUGAUGCAGCAGAUGAAAUAUCACCUCCUUCUGUAAUACAAAAUCAUAUCAGUAUUAGAAGACGAGAUAGUGAACGUUCGCAAUCACACGUGGAUGUAUUAAAUGAAAAUCGGAAACAGCCUCCAUUACCCCCUACGAAAGGUGAUGGAUCAGUUGAUUAUGAUGCUCUUUAUGAAGAAGAAAGUGAAACAGAAAUGGAUUCUAUGGAAUCCCAUGGAUCUGUUGUAACUCACCUUUUAUCUCAAGUAAAAAUUGGUAUGGAUUUAACAAAAGUAGCAUUACCUACAUUUAUCUUAGAACGCAGGUCACUUCUUGAAAUGUAUGCAGAUUAUUUUACUCAUCCAGAUCAGUUUGUAAGCAUAGCAGAUAUGCCUACUCCUAAAGAUAGGAUGGUUCAAGUAGUUCGUUGGUAUUUAUGCAGUUUCCAUGCAGGUCGUAAGUCAGGAGUGGCUAAAAAACCAUAUAAUCCAAUAUUAGGUGAAAUUUUUAGAUGUUAUUGGGACAUUUCUAAUGAUACUAUGGAUAGUUCUAAUGAUACAAAACUAGUUGUUGGAGGUCCUGUACCUUGGUGCAAAGAAAAUCAGCUUUCAUUUAUUGCUGAACAAGUAUCUCAUCAUCCUCCUAUAAGUGCAUUUUAUGCUGAGCAUUAUGCAAAAAAGAUUAGUUUUGGAGCACAUGUAUGGACAAAAAGUAAAUUUCUUGGAUUAAGUAUAGGAGUACACAAUGUUGGAAAGGGUUGGGUGAAUGUUUUACAACAUGGAGAAGAAUAUGUAUUAACUUUUCCAAAUGGUUAUGGUAGAUCUAUCCUUACCGUACCAUGGAUAGAAUUAGGAGGAACUGCAACUAUUCAUUGUACACAAACUGGUUUUCAUGCUACUGUAGAAUUUUUGACAAAACCUUUCUAUGGUGGUAAACGUAAUCGUAUUACAUGUCAAAUUACACAACCAGGAGAUAAAAAACCAUUUGUUGUUAUAAAUGGAGAAUGGAGUGGUUCAAUGGAAGCAAAAUGGGCUGAUGGAAGAACUGAAAUAUUUGCAGAUGUUAAAGAACUUCAUACUCAAAGAAAACUAGUGAAACCAAUCUGUGAACAAGAAGAACAUGAAUCACGAAAAGUUUGGCGAGAUGUAACUGUUGGAUUAAAAAUUAAUGAUAUGGAAAAAGCAACAGCAGCUAAGUGUACAAUUGAACAAAAACAACGUGAUGAAGCACGUAUUAGAAAAGAAAAUAACAUUAAUUGGCAAACUAAGUUAUUCAAAGAAACCAAAGAUGGUUGGGUUUAUAUACAACCUCUUGCAGAUAGAUUAUAUUUUUGUUCCAAUCAAAUUGCUACAGCAUAGACCUGCAUUAUGAUUUGCUGCGAUUUUAAAUAUUGCACAGCACUAGAAAUUUAAGGCCUAAUACAUAUGAUAAUACAUAUGAUUAAUAUUCAUCAUUUUUAAAUUUAAUGACCGUGUUAUAGAGAAAAACAAAACUAAAAGGGUAUUAUAAAUUUCUCUUUAAAAAUUUUUUUUUAUAAGCCUGAUUAAGUACAAUAGCAAAUAUUAAAAUGCUAUACAAUAUUAAUAUUUCAUUAAAGGUAUGUAGAUAUUUUCAUAGCAGGCAAAUUAUUUUUUAUAAUAUAUUAACCAUCAACAGCUAUUGAAUUAAAAAAAAGAUAUUCGCAUAGUAUUAUACUAUGUAUUAUAUGUCAACAUAAACAUAUAAGCUUAUGUAUUGUUAAAAAAAUAUAUAUAGCUAUAAAAAUAA